AUGUCGCGGUCUCACAAUAUUCGCGCUGAAUUGGCUGCAAUAAGCAGUGAUGAAUGCAUUCAGAUUGAUAUCAAAGUGUUCUUGACGGAACUAGCAUUUUCAUUUAUAAAAAAAUUUGUAAGUUUAGUCGCGUUGCAAUUCCCAGAAGGUCUUUUAAUCUAUGCUUGUGCCAUAUCCGAUAUUUUACAAAAGUAUACUGGUUGCGAGACGAUUAUCAUGGGUGACGUAACUUAUGGAGCUUGUUGCAUAGACGACUAUACUGCCAGAGCUCUUGGAUGCGAUUUAUUGGUUCAUUAUGGACACAGUUGUCUUGUGCCGAUUCAGAGUACAGAAGGUAUCAAUGUCCUCUAUGUGUUCGUCAAUAUUAACAUGAAUCUAAGCCACUUUAUAGACACUUUUAAAGUGAAUUUUGACAGAAGUAAAAAAGUUGCUCUGGUCAGUACAAUACAGUUUGUUUCAUCCCUACAGACAGUUAGGCAAGAACUUACUACGAUGGGCUAUUUGAUAGAAAUCCCUCAGUGUAAGCCUUUAAGCCCUGGAGAAAUUUUGGGCUGCACAUCUCCAAAGCUUGCCGAUGACAUAUCAUUAUUAAUAUUUGUUGGCGAUGGCAGGUUUCACUUGGAAUCGAUAAUGAUUCAGAAUCCCCUAAUUCCUGCUUAUCAAUACAAUCCAUAUUCCAAAAAGCUAACACGCGAAGAGUAUGCUUAUGAUGUGAUGAUUGAGAACCGGUCAUACGCUGUCCGAUUAGCUAAAAGAGGAAAGAGUUUUGGACUAAUUCAGGGUACUAUUGGUCGGCAGGGGAACUCAAAAAUUUUUGAAGACCUUGAAAAGCAGCUGACAAGCCACGGGAAACAAGUAACGCGUCUAUUGCUUUCCGAGAUUGUGCCGCAAAAACUACAGUUAUUUCCAAAUAUUGACUGUUGGGUGCAAGUUGCUUGUCCUAGGCUGUCAAUUGAUUGGGGGACUGCGUUUAAGAAACCACUCUUAACACCGUACGAAUUAAUGGCUGCCUUAGGCAAGAUUGAUUUUGGUAAGGAUAGUUACCCAAUGGACUAUUAUGCUUACGAGAGUCUUGGCCCAUGGACAAAUAAUCAUAGCAGUUAUCGACCGGUGAGUAGCCAAAGACGCAAACAUAUUGUUAUUUCCUCGGAAACGUGAAG